AUGUUCAUUUAUUAUUUUAAAAUAUUUUCAUUUAUUAUUCUAUUUUACAUAUAUUUGUUAGCUAACAAUAAUGACUUACGAAAAAAUGAUUGCAAUUAUUAUUCGAUUAAUUUUUCCUUAAAUAUUAAAUGUAACAGAUUAUUAUUUCAAUUAGAAAAAGAAGAAUCCAAUUAUGAUAACAUAGAUGAAGUGGCCUUAUUUUCUGGUGUAGAUGAUGGACGUUAUAAUAAAAAUAAAAAAGUUAAAAAUAGAACCACACAAGAGAAGCAAAUGAAAAUUCAACUAGAAAGAGAAUUAAUGAAAGAAGGUAAACAUCAAUCAUGCUUAUCUUGUGGAUGCUCUUAUACUUUAAAAAGAUGUAUGAAGAGAAUAUUUAAGCCAAUUAUUAAAUUUAUAGGUAAAUGUAUAUCAUUAAUAAUAUCUAGUGCAGGAUUAGCUGUACAUGCUCUCCUAUCAGGUAUAUGGGCUCUACUCAAAUGGAUAUACAAAUUUCAAAUAGUACAAGUUGUAAAAACUUAUAUAUGUCGUAUAAUAAAAUAUUAA